AUGGGAUUGGCUUCAACACAGGAUUGGUUCGUCUCCGAGUGCGGUGUUGGCUUUGGGAAGCUCCGGCAACUCCAUCACUUCGAGCUUAAAGGUGUCAGACGAGCCGGAUUUCAGAAGACUAUGAGAGAGCUGAUACAAGAAGUUGUAACUCAACGGAAGGCAGCUAGUCAAAGAGCGCUCAAUUGGGCAAAGAAAGCGGACAAAACUGGUGCGGCGAAUACCGGAAAGAAGAAUGUUUUAUCGCCUGUUCGUGGCACUGAUGGAAGUGUUAAACCACAAAAGAAUAGAAACCGGAAAACGAAGCUAAAGGCAAGGCACUACAAAGAAAUGGCGAACAUCAUGCUCAAAUUUCCCGAGGAAGCCUUUGAGAAACGAAAUGGCUUUGUCAAGCAACUUUACGUUUGUGCAAACAUGCAAUGGAAGUCCUACGAGAAUUGGGAAAAAAAAAUCGAAGAUUAUCUCGAUAAUCAUCGGAACGGAGACAAAACGGCAGUACUCACUAGUAAAAGAGAAAAACUGGAGAUCACGAAGCUUAGAGAGCUAAAAGAAAGCUUGGAUUUGAAAUUUGAAGCCGUUAACUCCAAGAUUGAUGUUCUGCAUGAAAUGUUGACAAAGCUAACUCUUGCCGUGAAAAAUGAUUUAGAGAAGUUACCACUUGUUUGCGGUCACCACGUAUUUUUCUCUCAUCUCAUCUUGCUUUGC